AUCCCACCUUUCACGAAAUGUGUUAUGAAAUGCUACUGUCAAACUUGUUUUGCAAAUGAAAGAAAAGUUCCAAUUUAUUAGUCAUACGUAGUAAAUUGGAGGAAGAAAUUUGCCUUUUGUUUGAGUGUUAUUAAUUUUCAACUGCUUAUAAUUUUAAGAAUAAACCCCCAAAAUGAGUUUCUUCGGGAAAUUGUUCGGUGGCAAAAAGGAUGAGAAGCAGAUCACAACUGGCGAGGCAAUUCAAAAACUCAGAGAAACCGAAGACAUGUUAAUCAAAAAGCAGGAGUUUUUGGAAAAGAAAAUUGAUGUAGAGAUGGACAUUGCCCGAAAAAAUGCCACGAAAAACAAACGAUUAGCGAUACAGGCGUUAAAGAAGAAGAAACGAUUGGCAAAGCAACUCGAACAGAUAGACGGAACGCUUAGCACCAUUGAAAUGCAAAGGGAGGCGCUUGAGGGUGCCAACACGAACACGUCGGUUCUGGAUGCGAUGAAAGAAGCAGCUGAUGCGCUUAAACUCGCUCAUAAAAAUAUGGAUGUCGAUCAAGUGCACGAUAUGAUGGAUGAUAUCGCCGAACAGCAAGACGUAGCUAGGGAAAUAUCCGACGCGAUCAGCAAUCCAGUGGCCUUUGGAUCGGUGGUCGACGACGAGGAUCUAGAAAAGGAAUUGGAGGAGCUCGAACAGGAAACGCUUGAAAAUGAGCUUCUGAAAGUUGGACCCGAGAAUCUACCUGAAAUUCCACAAGCCGAAGUCUCCAAACCUAGGCCUGCUAAAAAAGUUGAAGAUGAAGAUGACAUGAAGGAACUCGAGGCUUGGGCGUCGUAAAUGUUUGCACUAGACAGUCGCUGAGUAUAGAACAUCAUUUUGCACUCGUCUGCUUGUAAUAUACUAUAUAAAGUUUAAAAGCUAAUUUAAUUCGGAAAGGAAUGCUUGCUCUUCUAUUGUGCAUUAAUUAUGGCAAAUAAACUUCGUAAUGAAAAUGGAGAUAAAUCU